UGCGCUCUAAGCACUACGGCCCAAAGGCGUUGGUGAUCGGUGUCCGUCCGAAGAUGCGUUACACUCCGGCAGCAUCAGUACCAGUUCCGCCUUGCUAAAGCACCACAAACCGGGGGACGGAGGCGGAAUACGGUCGGUGUUUGCGGCUGUAGCGGCGCCGGUGCAUCUGGACUGGAGGAUGGGAGACCAGAAGGAGUCUCUGCGCAAGAUCACUCACACGCUGGCCGUGAAGAAUGAGGAGAUCUCCAACUUCAUCUGCACUCUCAAACAGAGCCUGGAGAACUUGGAGGCGAACUCCAACCGGGUGCAGGAUGAUCUGCAGUCUGAGUUCGGCUCCCUGCACGCUGCUCUGGAUGAGAUGAAGGAGAACAUGCUGACGCGGAUCAAGCAGGAAAGAGCCAGCCGCACGUAUGAGCUGCAGAAUCAGCUGAGCUCCUGCUCCAAAGCCCUGGAGAGCUCGGAGGAGCUGCUGGAGCUGGCCAAUCAGACGCUGUGCUCCUCGGAGACGGGCAGCUUCACCCAGGCGGCCAAAGACAUUAAGGAUAGCGUGACGAUGGCCCCGGCUUUCCGUCUCUCCCUGAAGGCGAAAGCCAGCGACAACAUGAGUCACCUGAUGGUGGACUUCAGCCAGGAGAGGGAGAUGCUGCAGGGGCUCAAGUUUCUCCCAGUUCCCGCCACUCCAGAGAUCCAGGUGUCAGAGUGCCAAGUGUGUGACAACACCGCCACUAUCGUCUGGACCCUACCGGAACCCGACAACAAGAUCGAGCACUACAUCCUGGAGCACCGCCGAACGAACCACGAGGGCCCGCCGCGCAUCAGAGAGGACUACCCCUGGAUGGUGGUGGAGGGGAUCCGGGAGAUGGAGCACACGCUCACAGGCCUGCGUUUCGACACCCGCUACAUGACGUUCAGAGUGAGGGCGUGCAACAAGGCCGUGGCCGGGGAGUUCUCUGAGCCAGUCACAAUAGAAACCCACGCAUUCACCUUCAAACUGGACUCCAGCUCGGCCCACCAGAACCUGAAGGUGGACGACCUGAGCGUGGACUGGGACAGCAGCGGAGGAAAGGUGCAGGAAAUCCGCAAAGAGAAGAACAGGACCAACUCCCCUCUGCACUCCCCCGCCAGGUUUGUGUCGGCGCUGAUGUCUCCCAAGAGAGCGCCGACAGCGCGGCCGGGCAGAGACAGGUUCACGGCGGAGUCCUACACCGUGCUGGCCGACACCAUGAUCGACGCUGGCCAGCAGUACUGGGAGGUGAAGCUGGACAGGGAGAGCAAGGCGUUCGCCGUAGGCAUCGCUCUGCGGAGCCUGGGCAGGUUCGACCAGCUGGGGAAGAGCAGCGCUUCCUGGUGCAUCCACCUGAACAACUGGCUGCAGCAGAGCCUCACCGCCAAGCACAACAACAAGGCGCGCACCCUCGACUGCCCCAUCCCGAACACUAUAGGAGUCUACGUCAACUACGACGAAGGUGUUCUGUCGUUUUACAACGCUAAAACCAAGCAGCUGAUGCACACUUUUCGAACAAAGUUCCAGCAGCCCGUCAUCCCAGCUUUCAUGGUGUGGAACGGGAGUUUCUCUGUGGUGACAGGCCUGCAGGUUCCCAGUGCGGUCCAGAGCGGCCAGAGGAAGAACAGCGGCACCAGCAGCUCCAACGCCAGCCUCACCUAGACGGCCGCCCUGAGCUCCACCCGGCUUCAGUCACCGCUGCAGGUCGAAUCCUCUGCACCGACUGCAGGCGGAGACACACUCAGCAGAACAGUUACACCACUUAAUUUCGGCCGUUUCUGCCUCGCAUGGAGGCGGAAAUUAGAUUUUUUUUUUUUUUUUGAGAGGAGCAAACAGGCGAUCUGAGUGACAGAAUCUGCCGGCUGGUCGCUCUCCUUUGAGACUCAUUAGGCCCAAGUAUGAGUAGUUAAUGUCUCGCUGCACAUUCAUCCAGCUGCUAGGGCGGCGAUUUUUAGCGCUGGCCGCUGCUUCCUCAGCUUCACCUGAACGGUCAGCUGUGCCGUCGGCUGCAGCUUUAUGAGUCACGCUCCGUCCCCGUGCCUUCCUUCUCAGGCCAAACCAAACACGUGCAGCCCCCCUCUAUGUUCCUGCUUGUUCUGUUUUAAAGUCCUGCUCUGCGCCAGCUUCAGUAUGAGGAGGUUAUAGCUUUGUUGACUCAUCAGUAAACCAGUCCAACAUAAACAAUGUCCAGCACUUAAGCAGCUCAGCACUGAACUGGAUUAUUUAACUGUAUUGUGACGAGAUAUUUGACUUCUUGCCUACUCAACGGUAUUUACAGUUACAAAUGAUAGUCAUAUGUUAUUCAAUGUAGGUCUUGAGCUUCCUGUUAAAACUUUCCGAUGCUAACAUUAAAGCCAUGACACGUCCGUCCAUCUGAUGUCUCUGCUUUGAUUGCAGUAGAGAGAGUGUCCUAUGUGUGGCUCAGCAGUAUUCAAUAGUCUGUAACUCCUCUCUUAUUGGCACUCAUGGGAAAUCUGUGUGAAAAGCCUUUAAAAUAAUUCACCUCUCAAUGGAUUGUAAUAAACUGACACUGAAAAGCUAUUGCUACAAUAUAAGCCUUCAUUCCCAAUAGGACAAAACUUCUUCAACAUUUCACAAUGUUGGAGCACAUAGAGGGAGAUUGUUUUGUAGGUCAGGGGUCUGAAACUCAAUUAUUUGGGUUCCUACAACUUCUGGGUUGUGCUUUGGCUUCAACUCGGUUUAAUUCAGGCUUUUGAUGCAAACAUAUCCCCCAUAGAGGGGCACAGAGUUUGAAAGAUCAACCAAAGUCCCAAUGAGAGUCAACAUCUCUGGCUGCGGCCGAUAGAUUUUUCUUGAAAAUGUCUUGAUGUUUCAAAGACUUCAUGAUGCAAUCAAUACAAGAGAAACAGGCCUAAACAAAGCCAUAAGAUGCUGUUCCAGUUUUGGUUUCUGGAAAACCUCAAUCUUAUUCUCAUUUGACCAAAAGCACCCAGAAAACGUUAACCUCACAUGUUUGUGAUGGUUUUCGGGCAAGACUCACCUGGUAGGUAUGUAGAAAGCUUCUUACAGUGGAAACUUGGUGACUACAAGUUACAGUACCAGUUGCUUUAAAAUGAUCAAUCGCUCCGACCGUAGAUACAGACACGGAUUAUCUGGAUUAGCUGCUUACAUCCGGUUUACAUAAGUGACGUGUUGAAGAGUGGCAAAGAGAAAUGGAAUAAUCCUGUCAAUUAAAAUAUCUAAAAAUUGUGAAAUGCUUCGAUUACAUUUAAUGUCUAGGAUUAGACAUUUUCACGCUUUUCAGGCUUUUCACGCAGAGGUAACCAAUCAAAACGUGAUUCAGAACCACGGGACGGACACGUCUUCAACUCUGUACUGCGACAUCCAUGUUGUGCGUUUCGAAUGGUUGGUGUUCUAGUUCAUCUCUUCCUGAGUAAAUGUAGCCUGCUUUGCUUUACAGAACGACUCAUCCAGCUGAGAGGCAAUUACACUUUAUUUCACAUGCUGGCAACAUGUCACGAUUUAUUGUAAAUAGUUUCAUUUUUCCACUAUAGUGUAUCAGUAAUUGAGGUAAUAAAUGAUUGAGAACG